UACAAAGUUUUAACAAAGAAACAGAAAUUAGACUCCAUGUUAUAAUUAAUAAUAAAUAGUAAGAUAACAAGCAUUAAAAUGGAUGAUCACCCGUUGAAUUUGGCUCACCAACAGUAUCGUAGAGCCGAAGCACACAUGAAAAAUAAUAGAUACGAUGAAGCGAUGCAAUGUCAUCAGAAUGCUGCAGAACUUUUACUGGACGCUAUGAAGUCGACGUCAUCAACUUUUGCCUUAGAAUCCAUCACUUUACAACAUAGCUAUCAUCUCAAACAAAAAGAUAUCAUUAAGUGUAAAAAAGAACAGUACGCAAGAGUGAAAAAGGCUAUGGAAAAUAUUAAAUGUCUUGGUAUAGAUCCCAGCUUGAAUGUCGGAGACAGCGAUCAUAAUAAGCUACAAAUAGAAAUUUAUAAAAACUUAAACGAAUCUGAGAACUUACUGAGCUUAUUAACGGACAAAGGGAAAUCCAAUGAAACUCAAACAAUAAUCAAAGAUUUAAUUCCCGAAGGAAGAAAGACUGAAAAAAACCAGCAAACUGUUGUUGAAGAGUUGCAAAUUCUUAGCCAAAGCUUACACUCACUAGUGGAACAACUUGUGCUACAAGUUGAAGUGUUGAAAGAUGAAAACAACACAUUGAAAGAUAAACUAAGUUAUUUGGAAAAGGAGAGAAUGAAAUAUCUUAAUAUUUCUACAACAGCUGAUUUUAAUUUUGCCUGUGAUGUUCCAAGUAAUAAAACUGGAACAGAAAGGGACCAAAACCCAAGUACUAUUUUGAAUCUAAUGGACAUUGAAAAACUUGCAUUAAAAGAUGGUAAUCAAUAAAAAAAUAUAAUUAUGUUUUACUGAAGAAAGAUCCCAA